AUGUACUAUGUUGGUAUAGAUACAGAUAAAAAAUUUAAUGUUCCUGGGUUUUGGCCAGAUCCAAAGACCUUGAACAAAAUACCCACCGAACCUCACGAAAUCCAAGCCGAAUUGGCUAGAAUGAAAGCUGCCAGAAUCGAGAAAAGAAAGAGGUUGGAGAAGAAAGCUGAAGAGCUCGGAAUAGAUCUCAACAAUUUGGAUCAGUAUGAUGGUGGAAACACCAAAUAG